CUGAAGGGCUAAAUAUAGUUCCUUAAUAUACCCUCCCCUGUUUUAUACUAUACCCUCUUUUGUUUAUAUACUGUCUUACAAUCUUUUGUAAAGAAAAAAAAAUAGAAACUACUACCUUCGUUUUUGUAUAGUCUUAAAUAUGCGUUUCUUUGAAACUGUUACUGCUGUUCUCUUUUUUGGAGGUGCCUUGGCUGCCCCUUUCCGUCAUCCCCAUCACUUACACCACAAGCGUGAUGAGAAGGUUGUUACCUCUCAAGUAGUGGCCUAUACGACUGUUGUUGCAGGAGGAUCAUCUGAAGUUAGCCCUACUUCCUCUUCUGCUACUAUUACUCCUACUAGUUCUUCCAGCACUAGCAACGGUGCUUCUUCCACCACUUCUUCUGCUGCUUCCCCUAGCAGUACUGGUGGUUCUUCUAGCUUCCAAGACGGUGUUUAUGAUUGCUCUAGCUUUCCUUCUGACCAAGAAGGUGUUGUUGCCCUCGAUUAUCUUGGACUCGGUGGUUACACUGGUAUCCAAAUUGGCGAUGGUGCCGGAAGCCAUUGUACCGAAGGUGCCUACUGCUCAUAUGCUUGCAAACCUGGUAUGAUGAAGACUCAAUGGCCCUCUGAACAACCUUCUGAUGGUGAAACCCGCGGUGGCUUGAUCUGCAAGAAUGGAAAGCUUCACCGUACAAACACUAACAAGAAUUCCCUGUGUGAACAAGGUCUCGGAUCUGCCUCCGUUCAAAAUAACUUGGGUCAAGGUGUUGCUAUCUGCCAAACUGACUAUCCCGGUAGUGAGAACAUGGUCAUUCCCACUUUUGUAGAUGGUGGCGCUUCUUCUCCCUUGACUGUUACUGACAACAACAACUACUUCCACUGGCGCGGAAUGGGUACCUCUGCUCAAUUCUAUGUCAACAAGGCUGGUUAUUCUGCUGAAAAGGGUUGCCAAUGGGGUAACCAAAAUGAUGACUUUGGUAACUGGGCACCUCUUGUCUUUGGUGCUGGUAUGACUGAUGGAAUUACCUGGUUGUCUAUUUUCCAAAACCCCUUGACUCAACAAAAGGCUAACUACAAUGUUAAAAUUGUUGGUGAUGAUGGUGCUACAGUUAGCGGUGACUGUGUCUUUGAGAACGGUUCAUUUGGCAACGGUUCUAAUGGUUGUACUGUUGGUGUUACUCAUGGUUCCGCCAAGUUUGUCUUUUACUAAGUUUAGUAAAAGACGAUAAUACUUAGGUCACUUAUGAUCGGUGAAUCCAUGCGCAAAGAUCCGGUGUUGCGUAUGUAGUUGGAAGGUUGUAUGCACCCGUAAUAAUUUUGUUAUUGCUUCGAUAAUAAUGGGCAAUAAGUAUGUUUGCCGACUAAACCAUUUCUAAGCGUUGCGGAAAUGGGAAAAAAAACUAGACGCUGAGUUGAGAACAAGCGCAAAUGUUCUGUUAAUUCUUUUAAACUUUCGAUAUUUCUUUUAGUAUGAUAACCUUAUGUACGAAGAACUGAGUGAAGUAUGAAACCCUUCUACAUACUGCAGUCCUUUCCUUUUUCAGCUUGACCCUUUUUAUUUCUUUUGAUCUUUUUUUUUAACUUUUUACUUUCGUUUUUCUUAAAUGCUAUUUAUUCUUUUUUAUAUAGUUUGAUUGUUAUGAAAUAAAUUUUGCAAUGAUAAAUGUGAAAUUCUCUAUUACUUGUUUGUCCGUCCGUCUUGUAGCUAUCAUUAGGAACAAGUACCUGC